AUGUCGGAUUUGUUGAGUAGCCCAUAUGGGCUCUCCGUCCGCAGAAACGGCUCCUGUCUCGUCACCGAAGUAAACUGCGGCGAAACCUGGGCACCCUUCCAUGCCUGUUGUCCCGGCGGCACGAAAUGCCCAGCCGGCCAAACAAACGUGAAAUGUUGUCCGUCAGACGCAGACUGCUCCGAGUUGAUUGAUGACACACAUUGUGCAAAUAGCACUGCAAAUGUCUAUAAGGCCAAUGAUUUCUUUUGCUGCGCUGCUGGCGAACAGGCUUUCCAGAAAAAGAACUCAUUUGUCGGUUGCACUGAUGAUACAUCCACCUUGGACAGUAGUUUGAGUCUCUUGAAAAUUCGGUAUCAUGGCUCUACCUCAACGGCCUUGCCAUCGUCUACAAUAUCCAGUACAACGACCCCCACCACGACCGCUACCAAUACUGCAGAUGCCACCACCCCUGCAAGUGCGUCGGAUAAUUCGUCGUCAUCAAAUACCGGAGCCAUUGCGGGCGGCGUCGUUGGCGGAGUAGCUGGGUUGGCUAUCCUGGCUGGUCUACUCUGGUUCCUACUCCGUCGCCGAAACCGCGCAAAGAAGAGCAUGGGAACACCUGCGGACCCAAGUCCUCUAAUGUCCAGUGCUCCCGGGUCCAGUCUUCCUGUGUCGAGCCUUCCCGGAUCGAGUGUACCCGAAUCGAGUGUGCCCGUUGAGUACUACAAUAACAAGCCCCAACCACCGCAAGAACUUGCUGGUCGAGACGAAAAUAUGGUCCAUGAAUUGCCAUCGCAUGCGACACAUCGGUGA